GCAGCAGACGAAGAGGACAACGGCUGGAACCGGCAGACAUGGAGUACAAGGGCAACCACAAGAACUGCUACGCUUCCCUCUCCAACCCCUCCCUGAAGGAGGCCAUAGCUCUUCAUAACUUCUCCAUCCUCAAGCUUGCUGUGCUAGUUUCAGAGUUCGCCCAGCAACUGGCCGCCGCCUACGAGCUGUUCUCUAAAGAGGUUCAGGCCAUCAUCACAACGUUCAGGAGACGGAACACGGAGCUCAAGAAACAAAGGCCCGUGGAUACAUCCAAUAGCAUCUUCAAUGCCUGGGAGUCGCUUUUGUUGGAAUCAGAGUUGGAUGCACAGGCCCACCUGGAUGCCGCUGGUCUGCUGAUGAAAAAUGUCUUCCGGCCCUUACAGGAAGUUGCGUCACACAAGAACAGACAAGCUGACGUGCUGUCGUCAUACAGAGAUAACUUUGAAUCUGUUCUCAGCGAGGCCGUAAGGGAGGCCACUCAGGCGGAAGCAAAAUAUCACAGCUCUUUCCAAGAGUUCGCUUGCCUGCCUGACAGUUCAAGCGAGCAGGGCGAGCAGGUGAGAGGUCAACUCCACAACUCACACAAUGAAUACAUCCUCAAGAUCCGGGCCUCGAACAGGACGGUGGACGAGUUCAACUCGCUGCUGCCUCAGUUGUUGGAGGAGUUGGAAGAGAUUUACAUCGAUACAGGAAACACAAUAAAUGUCGCUUUUGAGAGCCAGGCACUACUUCUUCUUACAAAGGCAGACGAGCAGCACCGAAGGUACGAGAACCAGAUGAAGAUCUGCAAGAUGGUCAGCCCGCACCAGGACGUCAGCUUCUUCGUGCGGGCCAGCCAAGGCGAGGGCCCGGCCUUAACCUACACGCUCUCACACUACGUCUUUAAGCCCGCCAUAGCCAUCACCGCGGAGGCUCAGAAAACCUUGUCAAACCAAAUUAUCUACGACCGACUAACGGAGUCAAACGUGAUCGAUAAAAGGACUGCUCUCCAGACACAGGGCAUGGGUCUGGCCGUCAACCUGAAGCAGAGCCAGGACAUUAUCGCCACCCUCAGUAACAUCUGCCAGAGGAACCUGGCCCGGCACCAGUACACCACCGUGUACGAGGCACAGCUAGAGAUGUGCCGGAAGCGUAACGAGAUACGUCUGGCUAAUCUUCUGCUGGCGGCGGUCAAGGCGCAGGUAGGUUCAAACACACCUGGUCAGUUUGGGUCCUUAGGUGAACGCUAG